CGCGCACCACCAACGCGAUCGUGCGUCGGUGUUUUGUUGUUGGUGUUGGUGAGAAGCAGCGGCAUUACUUUUCUCUGCGCCGCAAGGCGACGCCAGUCGUGUUUCAGCACUCGACAGCAGCAGACGUGUGGCAUCUAAAGCGGCAGCAACAGCAAACUCCGGACCACCAAAAAAAAGAAAACAAAACACUCCACUCUCUUUUUCACCAAACCAAAAGGCAGCCAGCAAACAAUCAACAUGAAUCCAGUCGCUCAGUUGCUGCGCCUGCGCAGCGCCACCGCUUUGGGCAGCGCGACCACGCGCUCCAUCAAGACGAACCGGCGCGAGCAGACCACCAGUACCGCCAGCGCGCAGCGGGAGCGGACGCAGGGCGUCAGCGAGACGGACAAGUUCCUGCACUACAGCAACGAGGACGGCUACUACAAGACCUCGCCCUUUGACCCCAUCGUCGUGCCGAACGUACCGCUCCACGAGUACGUGUGGCGCGACUUCAAGAAGUGGGAGCGAAACACCGCGACGGUUUGCGUGAUCACUGAUCGGCAGUACACUUUCGCUGAAAUGCGAGAUGCCAGCGCCGCUUUUGCCGUUCGUCUGCAGACCAAGUUUAAGCUCCACAAGCCCGAUGUUUUGGCCAUCUGCCUGCCGAAUCUCCCCGAGUAUCCCAUCGCCACACUGGGUGCCAUUGAGGCGGGUCUUACGGUGACCACCGUGAAUCCUGUCUACACGCCUGACGAGAUCGCCAGGCAGCUGACAUUCAGCGGGGCCAAGUUCCUGGUGGGCACGGUCGCCGGAUUCGCCACCUUGCAGCAGGCCAGCCAGUUGGCGGGCCGUCAGAUUCCCAUCGCGGUGAUCCGGACCCGCAAGGAUGAGUCCCUGCCCGCGGGAGCCAUCGAUUUUAGCGAGCUGACCAGCACGCAGAACAUUCGCUAUGAGGACCUGCAAUCGCCCAAGGGGGCAACCGGCGAUGACAUGGUCUUCCUGCCCUUCUCCUCGGGAACCACUGGUCUGCCCAAGGGUGUAAUGCUCUCGCACAACAACAUCACCAGCAACUGCGAGCAGGUCCAGGCAUCCCUGGUGCUGGACCUCUUGGGUCCCCAGGAGACCCUGCCCGCCGUCCUGCCCUUCUUCCACAUCUACGGCCUCACCGUGGUGAUGCUCUCCAAGCUGGGACAGGGCUGCCGGCUGGCCACGAUGCCCUGCUUCAAGCCCGACGACUUCAUGAGGUCGCUGGACCAGUACAAGGGCAGCAUCCUCAACCUGGUGCCACCCAUCGCCCUGUUCAUGAUCAACCACCCGAAGUUGACGCAGGAGACGGCUCCUUACUUGAAAACCGUGAUGAGUGGAGCAGCUCCAAUUGGCCAGCACGACGUGGAGCGCUUCCUGCAAAAGUUCCCAAAGGCAUCCUUCAAGCAGGGCUACGGUAUGACCGAAGCCUCUCCGGUGGCUCUCCUCACUCCGGAUGGCAACAAGGUCUACGCCUCCACCGGAGUGCUGCCGGCCAACACGGAGGCCAAGAUCGUGCCACUAGAUGCUGUGGAUGCCAAGGGUGUGGGUCCACGCACCACCGGCGAACUGUGCAUCCGGGGACCCCAGGUGAUGGCUGGCUAUCUGAACAACGAGGAGGCCAACCAGGUCACCUUCUAUCCGGGCAACUGGUUGCGCAGUGGCGACGUGGCCUUCUACGAUGAGGAUGGUCUCUUCUACAUCACGGAUCGCAUGAAGGAGCUGAUCAAGGUGAAGGGCUUCCAGGUGCCACCCGCCGAAUUGGAGGCGGUGCUCCGGGAUCAUCCCAAAAUCCUCGAAGCCGCCGUUUUCGGUAUUCCCCACGAACUCAACGGCGAGGCUCCGCGAGCCAUUGUCGUCCUGCGUGAGGGCCAAAAGGCCAGCGCCGAGGAAAUCUCCGCAUACGUGGCCGAACGGGUUGCCCACUACAAGAAACUCGAGGGUGGAGUCAUCUUCGUGGACGAGGUGCCCAAGAAUCCAACUGGCAAAAUCCUGCGCCGCGAGCUCAAGGAAAAGUUCUCCGAUUAAGCGGGCAGAAGAGGGAUCUUCAUACGUUAAGAUAUAUAUAUAUACAUUAUGUGAUUUUUUUUUGUUCGUCUCAAUCGGAGGUGGCACACAGAUUCCUGAAUUUAAUCAAAAUUAAUAUUUGAUUAUAGUUAGAAAUUUGUGGCAACACCCCGCGGAACACGAUGAAACAUCAAUGUUGGCCCUGGAUUUGCUGAUCCAAAGGCACUGGUUUAGACAUUGCAUUUACCACUUCGAAAAUACUUAGUUCGUAGGCUUAGAAUAGGGCUCGAUUAGUCGCUCGAUUGGUCCAUAGUUAGUAAGUGUAGAUUAGCCAGACGUUAGAACCCUAUUCAUUAACAUUUACCUGUCGACAAUGUGUAAUCCUUAUGCUUGCAAUGUAACCUUUGAUUAUACUUAAUGACGGACCCGAUAUUUUACUAUGAUAUUCCCCCCCCCAUAUACAUGUAUCUAUUUUUUUUUUUGCCUAGUACUAUAAGAUAAUUGUUUGUUAAUCCUAUUGAAAAACGGUGGCAUAAUAUGUCUACUAAAUUGUAUACCAAGUUUGCCACGAUGCUUGAAAAUAAAGACGAAAUGAACUUGUGGAAA